AUGGCGAAAAGGAAGCGCCAAGCAGUGGCCGAGAGCGAGCCUGCUCAGAAGCCACAGGAGUCCAAGAAAGUCAAGCCUAACAACGGCGCCUCGCAGCCAAAGACCGAGCAGCCAAAGAAGACGCGGACAUCCAAGUCUGCCAAAGCCAAUACCAGUGCCGACAACACGACCCCAAAACGCACCGACUCACCCAUAACGUUGCAAAUAAUAGCGGGCUCCUACGACCGUGUCCUCCAUGGUGUCACAGCCACCAUCCCACCCCCCUCAAGCCCCUCCCACGUAACCUUCGCCGACACCUUCCUCUUCAACGCUCACACCUCUGCCAUCCGAUGCCUCGCCCUCUCCCCCCCAAGCGCCCCCGUGCCGGGCCAGUCGCAGAAGGUCAUGCUCGCGACCGGAAGCACUGACGAGCGCAUCAACGUCUUCAACCUGUCCGCGCACCCCCCGUCCACCAAGGCCUCCCCCGACCAGGAGCUGCUCUCCACCAUCGCCAAGCGGCCCAUCCUCGAGAACAGCAAGAACAGGGAGCUGGGCACGCUGAUGCACCACUCCAGCACCGUCACCAAGGUCGUCUUCCCCACCCGCUCCAAGCUGCUGUCCAGCUCCGAGGACUCCACCAUCGCCGUCACCAGGGUGCGCGACUGGAGCCUGCUGUCCACCAUCAAGGCGCCCGUGCCCGCCGUCCAGGGCCGCCCCAGCGGCGACACCGCCCCCAUGGGCGGCACCCCGAGCGGCGUCAACGACUUCGCCGUCCACCCCAGCAUGAAGGUCAUGAUCAGCGUCAGCAAGGGCGAGCGCUGCAUGCGCCUGUGGAACCUGGUCACCGGCAAGAAGGCCGGCGUCCUCGACUUCGGGAGGACCACCAUGCAGGAGAUCGGCGAGGGGAGGCACUCCACCGGCGAGGGGAGGAAGGUCGUGUGGGGCUCCGCCGACGAGUCCGGGGACGAGUUCGCCGUCGGCUUCGACCGCGACGUGCUGGUCUUUGGCAUGGACAGCAAGGUCAGGUGCAGGAUCAUGCCUGACGCGAGGACCAAGAUACACGAGUUUGGAUACGUCAAGCUGGGAGCCGACACGGAUGACACCGUGUUUGCUGUGUCGACAGAAGACGGCAGGAUCCUGUUCCUUUCGACGAAAGUGGGCGACCUGGAGCAAGGAGAGGCCCCCGAAGGCAAGGCCGCGCCUCUGCCCCGGGCGAAGCUGCUCGCACAAGUCGGGGGCAAGGCCGCUGGCGUCACCGGGAGGGUCAAGGACUUCAAGGUGGUGCAAUCAGAUGAUGCACCAGGCGUGUGGUUCAUCGCGUCUGCGAGCAGCGAUGGCAAGCUGAGGAUAUGGGAGCUGACGCGGGAGGAGCUGGAGGCCAAGGACAGGAAGGAGGCGCCCCAGGCUGGAAAGUUGCUUGGGACCCACGACACCCAGAACAGGAUCACUUGCAUGGAGGCAUUUGUCAUGAUACCCCGGCCGGAAGGCGUUGAGGAGAGCGAGGAUGAGCUCCAGGAGGAAGAGGAGGACGAUGGAGAUAGUGACGAUGAGUGA